AUGGCUCUUCCCUUGAUGUCAAUAGAAGUGCCCAAGUGCUCCGUUGAAGAAUAUUUGAUGUUCUUUAGGCACUGCAUCAAGAGAUCUGUUGCCCAGUGGCAAGUGGUGCUAAGAAGAAGCUAUCCUUGGUUCCAGCCUACAUACAGGCUUUUUGAGAAGGAGCCUAAGGAUGAAGAGGCCAAAACUGACUUCAAGAAGAAGUUCCUGAGCGUGAUGUUGAUUCGGGACUUGCCUUUUGGUGGUGGCAAGCCUCCUAAUUAUCAUUUGGGUGGAGAUGUUUAUCAUCCCAACUUCUGUGCUAGGCGGUUUGGUUGUCCCCAGCUUAUUGCACUGAAGUCUUACAUAAGUUGA